AUGUCGGACGAUCGCGAGGCGGCGUUAGACUCGGUAGUUAAAGUGUUCGCCGUCGCGAGCAGCCCUAACUACUGGCUUCCCUGGCAGAGCAAGCCGCAGCGCGAGGUGACGGGGUCCGGAUUCGUCGUAUCGGGACGGCGCAUCCUCACGAGCGCGCACGUCGUCGCGGACCACACGUUUGUACUCGUUAGAAGGCACGGAUCCCCUAAGAAGUUCCUCGCUACUGUAGAAGCUGUAGCACACGAUUGCGACCUGGCGCUGCUCUCAGUGAAGGACCCCGCGAGCGUGGGCAGCGGGGAGGGGGGGAUCAACGGCGGGGGCAGCGGGGAUGCGCGCGCGGACAGCGAGGAGUUCUGGGAGGGCAUGCGCGCGCUGGAGCUGGGGGACGUGCCGCUUCUGCAGGAGUCGAUCGCCGUGGUGGGAUACCCACAAGCAUCAGCAUCACCAUGGGCGUGGUGCACAGCGCGGCUCACUUUGCUGCCCAUUCAUACUGUUCCCUCGCUCACCUCUCCCUUUCCCACCCACCACACCACCACCCCGUGCCAGGCAGUGACAACAUCAGCAUCACCAUGGGUGUGGUGUCACGGGUGGAGCCAGUACGUGCACAGUGCGGCGCACCUGCUGGCCAUUCAGAUCCACACCUCUCCCUCUUCCUCUCAACACGUUCCACCGUCCCCUAUGUCAGGCGGUGACAACAUCAGCAUCACCAUGGGAGUCGUCUCAAGAGUGGAACCAACUCAAUACGUGCACAGCGCAGCGCACCUGCUGGCCAUUCAGAUCGACGCUGCCAUCAACCCCGGCAACAGCGGUGGCCCCGCCCUCAUCAUGGCCCCUGCCGCCCCUGCCGCCCCUGCCGCCGCCCCUGCUGCCGCCGCACCUCCCGCCCCUGCCGCCCCUGAUGCGGGAGGGGAAGGAGUCGAAGGGGGGAUGGGAGAGGGAGCGGGAGGGGUGGAAGGAGGAUGGGCGAGUGGCGGGGAAGCAGGGGGGGGAGGGAUGGGGAGAGGGGUGUGGGGGGAGGGGGGGGUGAGGGGGAGCAGGGGGGCGGAAGGGGCCCAGCAGUUGGAAUACCGCGUGGCAGGGCUGGCGUUCCAGAACCUGUCAGGAGCGGAAAAUAUCGGCUACAUCGUCCCAGUGCCCAUCAUCCGUCGUUUCCUAGCAGACGCAUCUCUAGGGCACCGCCGCUUCCCGAGCUUUGCCUCGCUAGGCGUGUCGUGCCAGCCGCUUGAGAACUGCCAGGGCUGCUGCGUCAUGCCCUUUCUCGCUCUGCUGCUGCUUCCUCCCCAUCUUCUUUUUCCCCUCCCUUCCCCCCCUCUCCGUCCCUUUUCCUCCUCUCCCUCCCUCCCCUCUCCACCCAGCUACAUCGUCCCAGUGCCCAUCAUCCGUCGUUUCCUAGCAGACGCAUCUCUGGGGCACCGCCGCUUCCCGGGCUUUGCUUCGCUGGGCGUGUCCUGCCAGCCGCUCGAGAACUGGCAGCUGCGGGCGCACCUCAAGAUGCCACGUGGCGCCACGGGAGUGGUCGUGAACGCGGUGCAGCCGCUGAGCGACUCCAGCCGCUGGCUGCGGAAUGAUGAUGUGCUCACGGCGUUUGACGGCGUUCCCAUCGCCAAUGACGGGUCAAUCAUGUUCCGCAAGAGGGAGCGUCUGCCCUUUGACUACCUCGUGUCGCUCAAGCCAGUGGGGGAAACCGCUCGGGUGUCGGUGCUGCGGCACGGGCAGCCCAUGGACUUCCACAUCCGCCUCAACCCGAUCCCAGCACUGGUGCCAGCGCAGCAGUUUGACAUCUCCCCCUCCUACUUCAUCUUCGCGGGCCUGGUGUUUGUGCCGCUGACCCAGCCGUACCUGCACGAGUACGGCCCUGACUGGUUCAACAGCAGCCCCAGACGGCUGUGCGAGCGCGCGCUGAGAGACAUCCCCUCCAAGCCCAGCCAGCAGAUUGUGAUUCUGUCACGGGUGCUGGCCGAUGAGGUCAACUCUGGCUUUGAACGGCUGGCGGAGCUGCAGGUCAAGCGAGUCAACGGCAAGGAGGUGGAGAACUUGAGGCAGCUACGCGACGAAGUGCUACAGUGCACGGACGGCUUCGUCAGAUUUGAUUUGGACGACGACCGCGUGAUUGCUGUCAGCGUAGCUGCUGCCAAGAAGGCAAGCGCUCAGAUCCUGAGGCGCUACCGCGUGCCGUGUGCUUCCUCCUGGGAUCUGCAACAAGGUGAUGCAGAGAAGGGCGAAGCAACGGUUCAAGCAGGGGCGUCUUGA